UUUAUAAUUUAAAUUCUGUUUGAUUUUUGAUUCCGUUAAUCAGUUUUUAGUAUUUUACUUCCAAUACCGUUGUUUCUUGUGAGAAUUCAGUUAAAAUAGUUUAUGUAGUAGGUGGUAGUUAGUAUAUUAAAAAAAUGGGACUAGCUUCAAGCAAAGUCUGUAAACAACUUUCCCAAAAAGAUCUGCAGGAAGGUAGUAUUCCUUCUACUCCAAUUUUGACACCAAAAGUAUUGAAACAGGAAGAUUUAGAUCCUAGAUCCCCUAGUUUGCAUAUUUCUCGCACUCCAUUGCAGUUGCUCUCAGCUGCCAAUUUAAAAGUGGAUGAAUUAAAAGAAACUGAAUUUACUGCAGUUGCAGACGAAACUUCCGCAAAAUCAAAGAUAGUCCUACUUGGAAUAGAUCCUCGCUCUCCAACAGUAGAAUUUCAAAGAACUCCUAUUAUUAUUAACGUGUCUGAAGCAGACAGUGCUGGAAAAUUUCACAACAAAAACCUGGAUAGAGUUAAACAAUCUGUUAUUAUUACUACCCCAAAAUCUACUACUAAGCAAAUAUCAACUAAUAUACCACCGAAGUUAUUAGAAAGUAGUCCUGUUAAGGCAAAAUCUGAUGCAAUCAAAAGAAAAUCAUUUGUGGGUUUGCUAGAAACUAACAUCGAUUAUACGGAAACAGAUCUUGACGCAGUGAUAAGAGAAAAAAAUAAAGCCAAAGAAAUACAGUACGAUGUAAAGGAACAUGCAACACCCAACCACAAACAGCUUGUUACCAUAGUUGAGAAAGAAAAUAUAGAUCCGCGUUCUCCUACAAAUGAUUUCCUCAGAACACCAAUCCAAAUUAUAAAGAAGGUUGCUGAUUUAAAUUUAAUUGAUGUUGUUGAUUCUGAAAGAGAGUCUGGAUGUAUUGGAAAGGAAUACAAACAAAAUGAAAUCGCUGAGGAAUUAGAAGAUCAUAAUAUAAUAAAAAAAUGUGUUCAAGAGAUUUGUGAGAGUGUUCAUUUAAACAGUGAAUUAGAAUCUACGGAAAAGCAUACUGACAUUUUGGAAAAAGUUGAACCAGUUGCAAUGCCUCAAAUCAACAUUCAAACUGAAGUUAAUAAAGAUGCGAAAGAAAUUGAAAGUGACGACACAGAUACAACAGGAACCCCAGUGAAAAUAAAAUCAGCUCCAAUUACGCCUCCCACAGGUGAAGUGAAUCUAAUGUCACCGGGGAAAGCAGUAAAAGCAACAAAAUCUGCACCUGUUACGCCUCCAGCAGUAAAUCUUGCAGCUGACGUUAAAGAAUUUGAUAAAAAACUUACAAGCUUGAUUUAUCGUGAUGAAGACAUUGUCAUAUGCCCCAGAAAGGUGAAACUAAAGGACUAUGAUACCCGUUCUCCCUUAAGAAACAUUAACUGCAAUGAACCAGAGAAAAAGAAGUCUUCUCAGAAACUGAAGGUGAAAGACAAGAAGUCUGAGUACGCGGUAAGUAAAAUUCCCGUCUUUAAAGAGACUGGUAGGAAGACUGAAAUACAGUGUGAAAAUACGCCACCGAGAAAUAUGGAGAAAAGAAAGGUUAAAGUAAGGAAAUCGCAUUGGGAUAACGCGGAUGCAACUUUAAUUAUAUAAUUUAAUGUUGUGGCUUUCAGUACCUGGCUGAUUUGUAGUUGUUAUUUAGUUUGUUGGUAACAUAAGUUCGCAGAUGAGAUAUCGAAUUUUGUGAAGGGAAAAGUAAUCUUAUCUGCCUACAUAAUAUAAUAUACCCCGGUAUUGUCAAUAUUUAUUAAGUUCAUUAAUCCCCAAUACCUGACUGAUGUACAUUUUGAAAUAAAAUGCUUUACAUAAACUUUUACUUUUGGUAAAUAUGCAUUAAAAUGAUAUUCGAUCGCAUAAUCAUCAGAACAUAAUAAUGUCACAGCAUAGCCCAAGUUUUUAAUUACCAAAGAAAUAAUCGUAUACAUAAUAGUUUUCUUUACUAAUUGUUUAAAUAGAAACUAAAUUUUUUAUGAUUAAUAAUCUCCUUGAUGCUUUGUAAACUAUAGUUUUAACAUAUCUGCAUAAACCAGUAAAAACUUAGCAACUGAAAUGUUUUUUAUUUAACCAUUGAAGU